CUCAGUUCGGUCCUGUUUUGGUCCUGUGUUGAUGUCCUUUCUUCAGACUCUGAAAUCAGAACAAAAACGAGUCCCGCUGCUGCUGCGGAUGGAUAAACAACACGUACUCCUUUGCACUCAGGGCCGUCUGCCAGGUGAACAACCUUGACAAGUCUCCGUGAUAUUGAAGUUGUCAGCAUGAAGUGCGAGAAGGAGGACAUCAUUUUUCAGGCGCUCCUCUUGAUCCACAUCCCCGUGGCCUGCCUCUUUACCGCAGUGUCAGGUCAGUCGGACAGCAGCAGCAGUGUGGUGGUGGCAGGUUACAAUGUGAGUGCCCCGGCUGGGUCGAGGGUGGUGCUGCAGUGUGUGAGCGGCCGCAUGGUGUGGACCCGGGACAGGGUGAGGGACAGACAGAGGGUGGUCCACUGGGACCUGUACCGGGCCUAUCCGGACUACGCCAUGGAGAGGGUGGUGGACAUGUUCUCUGCAGGAGACCAGAGGAUCUACAACUCCUACAAUCUGGGCAGGGUCGGGAUCACCCCAACGGCUUUCAGGGAUGGAAACUUCUCCCUGGUCAUCAAAGAUGUGACAAUGAAUGACAGAGGUCUGUACUCGUGUAACCUCCACCAUCUCUACUGCCACCUGUAUGAGACGAUCAGAGUACAGCUCAACGUCACUAAAUCACGCCGUAAAGAACAGCGCUACUGGGAUGGACAGAAGGCAGUGUAUGUGGUGCUGCUUGGGAGCACCGUGGUGCUGCCGUGCAUCAACCGUCGUAACGUGUGGACCGACUGGAGCAACGAGGAAGAGGACCAGCAGGUGGUCCACUGGGACCGUCAGUCCCCAGGAGUACGCCAUGACCUUGCUGACCGACUAGUGGACCUUUACGCCUCUGGGGAGCAGCGUAGCUACGGGCCACUGUUCCUCCAGAGGAAGAUGAACAUCAGCAAUCAAGCCUUCUCCGAAGGAGACUUCUCACUUACCAUAUCUGAUCUGCAGCGCACAGAUGAGGGGAUGUAUUCCUGUCACCUCCACCAUCAUUACUGUGGUCUACAUGAGAGAAGAGAGUUCCAGGUCACAGUGGAGCCACCAGUGAUUCAGACCACCCAGCCGGCCAAAGUACUGCCCUCCGAGGACAAAGACACCGCUAAGGCUGAAUCACCGCGAGUCAUCAAUGUUAUUCUGCCUGACCAGAGACACCACUUUCUCCUGCCACUGGGCUAUGUCCUCACAUCCUUCCUGCUCCUGGCAUUCAUCAUCCUCAUCAUCAUCCUCAUCACACGCAGACGGAGAAUCAAAGAGUUUUAUCCUCAGUCAUCCAUGAGGUCCAGCAGAAGUCAGAGCAGCUCAGAUGAGCUUGAGAUGGACGUCACUGAAGUCAAUAUGCGCAGCGAGGAGGAGAGAAGAUUUGACUACAAGAACAACCUGCUGAAAGAGAAGGUCCACAUGAACACACAGCCUAAAGUCAUUGAUCUUGACAGAGAGAUGCAGAAAUUUUCUAAGUGAGAAAAUGACAGAAAAAGUAAAAACUGAAGUCACUGGCUGGUCCAGAGGCUGCGCUCCAAACAAAACACACUGCCUUCUGUCCUGGCAGGAGAGACGCCACACAGAGAAAAUCAGUGUCGCCAAAAUGCUUUGUUGUGAAAUGCAGAAAAACACUAAUGUGUCUCUGUCAGUGUUAAAGACAUGCAUACAAAAAAAAAAGAUUUGGUUUUCUUUUAUUGUACUUAAAACUUCAAACUAACAAAGAGAAGACUGGACUGGGACCACUGUGCACGGCACCAUAGCACCACCCGGUGGGGAGUUUUAGCCGACUCUCCGUUAAAGGACGGAGAAACGUGUACAUAAGUUGAAUGAAGUUGACUCAGUUGUGAUUAAGUGAAUAUGAAUUAUCAUUUAUUAGAGCUUCGAUCAUUAUGCUUACUGAUGUGUUACUUUUCACCUUGUUCUCUGUUUACUCACAUAUUCCAUCUUGGCUUAACUGACUGAAGCACCACUGACGUGUUAACAUCAGUGUGUACUGCUUCCUCUAGGCUUUGAUUAACUGUAUCCUAACCGACCGAUGAAGCAGUGUAUAUAAAAACGUUUUAUUGUAAUGUUCAGACUGUAUUUUUUGGUGGAAUUUUCUUUUUUUUAACUUGUAUUGAGCAUUUGAUGCUGAUUUUUAAAUGAAGUGACUUACUUGUUAAGAGGAGAUACCUAGCCUCGCUGUAUUGAAAGGCGUUUUUGAAUAUCACACAGUAAAUGUAAUUACUUGUGAACUGAAUGUGGACAGGAGAAAUGUUUAUAUGCAAUAUGUUCAUAAGGUAAUAGGCUUGUAGCCCCCCCCCCCACACCCCAGUGUGGGAACCGCUGCAGUAACUGUGUAUGAUAAAAUAUUACAGGAUCCAUUUAGGGAUUUUUUUUUUUCACUUGCAGGAUUAAGUGUGAACUUCAGUACAAACUCCCAGGAAAAAACACUUCACAGCAUCUGUUGUGGCUUCUGCUUUUUUCAUUUAACUACUCUGCAGUUUGUCAGCACUUUUUUCACACUUUGUGUGAAGGGAGCUACCUACGUGGUACUGUGCUGCUAAUGCAAUAAAAUUUUAACAUUAAAAAAAAUCUUGAAAUCCCCCCUCCACACAAAAAUGUGUGUGUUUUUCAGUGUUACUUCACUGCAAUGAUGUAUGUUCAAGGUCUGGGAAUCAGAAGAAGACUUUUCAGUUUUCAAAUUCAUCUGCUGAAAGUGGGAAGUUUCUCCGAGCUUUUCUAAUGUUUUGUGUUGAUCUGCUGCGAGCAGUGAUGGGUAUAAAUCUGAACCACUGAAUCCGUUAGUGUUUUCAUCAGUAAAUGAUAGCGGGUAAAAC